AGCUCCGCAAGCAGACAAGCCAGAGCCCCAUAAGGCCCGGAAGUCCAUUGUCUGAGCCCCUGUCCAGUUAGCCCCUCUGUAGAGGCCCGGCCCGGCCCGACCCUCAGGGAACCCUCCUUGUCGUCCCCAGAGCUAUAAUAAGUGGUGUUGAUGACCUAGGAGACUUCAGCUUGUCAGCCUUGUCCGGGACCUCGCUGAGCAGCUCUGCAAGCCAUGCUGCAAAUCUGGACCCGGGAUUUUUAGAUCAGAUUCGGGGAUACUGGGAACCCGGGGCCAACGCCGCCUGUCCUGCCCCGCCAUAGCGGGAAGCAGCAAGUCGCGUCCCGGCUGGCCACAGAUUGGUGAUGGGGACCGAGACUCUACUUUUGAGCUGGGGAGCCGCCACACUGCUGGCGCUAGCGGCUAUGCCUGGAGUUCUGGCCGCCAACAGCAGCGGCAGAUGGUGGGGCAUAGUGAACGUGGCGUCCUCCACCAACCUACUGACCGAUUCAAAGAGCUUGCAAUUGGUGCUGGAACCGAGUCUGCAGUUGCUUAGCCGCAAACAGCGGCGGCUAAUUCGUCAAAACCCGGGGAUCUUGCACAGCGUGAGCGGCGGUUUGCAGAGCGCUGUGAGGGAGUGCAAGUGGCAGUUUCGGAAUCGACGCUGGAACUGCCCCACAGCUUCAGGACCCCACGUUUUCGGCAAGAUAGUCAACCGAGGAUGCCGAGAGACUGCUUUUAUUUUCGCCAUCACAUCUGCUGGGGUGACACACUCUGUUGCUCGCUCCUGUUCCGAGGGUUCCAUAGAAUCUUGUACGUGCGACUACCGGCGACGUGGCCCGGGAGGUCCGGACUGGCACUGGGGCGGCUGCAGUGACAACAUCGACUUCGGUCGCCUCUUUGGCAGAGAAUUUGUGGACUCUGGGGAGAAGGGGAGGGACCUGCGUUUCCUCAUGAAUCUUCACAACAACGAGGCGGGGCGCACAACUGUGUUCUCGGAGAUGCGCCAGGAGUGCAAGUGCCACGGGAUGUCGGGCUCUUGCACGGUGCGCACUUGCUGGAUGCGAUUGCCCACGCUGCGCGCGGUGGGUGACGUGCUGCGGGACCGCUUUGACGGCGCCUCGCGCGUGCUCUACGGCAACAGGGGCAGUAACCGCGCCUCCCGCGCGGAGCUGCUGCGCUUAGAGCCAGAAGAUCCUGCCCACAAGCCGCCCUCUCCUCACGACCUCGUUUACUUCGAGAAGUCACCCAACUUCUGCACCUACAGCGGGCGCACGGGCACGGCGGGCACGGCGGGACGCGCCUGCAACAGCUCCUCCCCGGCCCUGGACGGCUGCGAGCUCCUGUGCUGCGGGCGCGGCCACCGCACGCGCACGCAGCGCGUCACCGAGCGCUGCAACUGCACCUUCCACUGGUGCUGCCAUGUCAGCUGCCGCAACUGCACCCACACGCGGGUGCUGCACGAGUGCCUGUGAGGGAGAGGCCCGCCUGCCUCGAGGAAAGUGGCCUUCCGGACGCUGGCCCUGCAGGGGCCACCCCCUCCCCCCCGGGAAUGCCGGGGGGCGCCCGCGGCAGAAACCCCUCUCCGCGUCUCCCGGGGGCCGCUCUGCCCCUUCCCUUCUCCACAGUCACCUGUUCACACACACACCCCCUCUCCACCCACUCCGUCCUUCCCGGCUCAGUUACGGGAACACAAAAUCCUUUAGGAUGAACCCUUAACCCACAAUCCCAUGAUGACGGGUGUACUCUCCUAGCUAUUUCUCCUAGAGCUUACCCUAGUGGAAAUACUCUUCAGCACUGCUCCCUCCCCUUCUGUGAAGUCCUCCUUUAGCCCCCUCAGUCCCAGCACAGAACAAGAGAUGAUUUCAAUUCUUGAGGUUAGAGAAAGAAACCCACUACCUUUGAUAGUGAUCCUCUAUAUUCUCUUCCCCCCUUUAAUAUUCCUUUUUUCCUUGCAUCAUUCCCUCGGUCUUCUGCUUUUUCACGCGCCUCUACUUUCCUGGAUUGUGAGGAGGCUCCAGGAACUAGAAAGCUAAGCAGGCACUGAGACCUAGGAUCCAGCCUCAGGCAUCAAAGCAUGGGCAGUGCCCACCUCUCUCCUUACCUACAGCAGGGACACAAGAAUUCUAGGGGAGAAAAGCAGCUGUGAUGAGGUGUCUAAUGGAUUUAGGGAGACCCAAAUGAGGUCACCCUCUACUCAGUCUCUGCAAUGACUGACUAUGUCCCCACUCUCACCCUCUCCCAUCCUCCUCCUUAGUCAGUGUGUAAAUAAUUUGCACUGAACUGUGGAUACAAAGCCGAGGAUUUGGUUCUUGUAAAUAAACCUAUUUAUUGUGCUAGGUCCCAGCCUGAUCCACAGAACUACCCCUACCUCCAGACUCAAUCUCACUCCUCCACUCGCCCUUUUGCCCUUCCCUGUUCCUUCUCGCCUUUCUUCUUUAUGUCUUUUCAAAGAUAUCUUUGGCCACAGAAACCAACAUUUCUCUUUUUGUAUAACCAUUGUCAGUUCCUAUGUCCCUUGUAGUAUAUGUUCCUUUGCAGAAUAAAAUUUCUA